AUGAGCACCCAAGAUGGUCCCGAAGGCCGCGUCAACGGUGUGCCGAUGGCGAACGGUCAAGAGGAGAAGGAAGAUAUUGUCGAAAUAACGGAAAGUCCGUCGGAAAUGAGUGACGUUAGCUCCAAUGACGAGGAUUCAAGCAGCGGUGAGGAAGUGCAUAAGGAGGAGGAGGAGGAGGAGGAGGAGGAAGACGGCGACGAAGACCAAGAUGACGAUGAAGAGGACGAUGACGAACCAGCGCUGAAGUACGAGCGAAUAGGCGGGUUCAUCCCUGACCUCUUCAAGAAGGAUUCAGCAUCUGCUCUGGCCAUUUCAAACGGCAAGACCAUGGCCUUAGGAACACAUGCAGGCUUCGUUCAUAUGCUCGACCUCGCCGGCAAGCGGCUCAAGUCAUACAAGCCUCACCAGGCAUCCGUUGUCGACAUAUGCAUUGAUGCUACUGGAGAUUUCAUUGCUACGGCUUCGAUUGAUGGACAGGCUGUCAUCAAAUCUCUGUCAACGACCGAGUCCUACGCCUUCGAUAUGAAACGCCCAAUGCGCACCGUGUCGUUGGAGCCGAAUUUUGCAAAGAAGAGUACUCGAUCUUUCGUCAGUGGAGGCCUGGCAGGGUCGUUGAUGUUGCACGAGAAAGGUUGGCUUGGCCACAGACAAACGGUCUUGCAUGUCGGCGAGGGACCAAUCUGGCAGGCACGGUGGAGAGGCAGGCUGAUUGCUUGGGCAAAUGACCUGGGUGUCAAAAUCUACGACACGACGUCCCAAACGCGAAUCACCUUCAUUGACCGUCCCGCAGACAGCCCACGCGCCGAUUUGUUUAAAUGUACCCUUCAUUGGCAGGAUGAUUCUACCCUGUUGAUAUCCUGGGCAGACCAUAUCAAGGUGGCCAGAAUCCGUGCGAGGCCCCGGACGAAUACGACUGCGGCAUCUGCCAACUUACCUCCUCUUCUCGUCGAAAUAACCGCUGUUUUCCAGCUAGACUGUAUGAUUGCUGGUAUUCUUCCCCAUCCCACGCCUCCCUCAGCCAUCCUUUAUCCCGACCAUGCGUCAAGUAUCAAUUCCGGAAAACAUGCCAGAACAGCAUCGUCCAUAUCUACGCACUCAUCUACCCCUUCCUCUUUACUUAUUUUGGCAUACAGCCCGCCCGACACAUCUUUCCUCGAAGAAAUGACUCAGGAUCGCGACAAACAAGCUCGGAAAGUCGCUGAACGUCCGGAAUUGCGGAUAAUAUCUCGUUCGGGCGAAGAACUUGCCGCUGAUGCGCUUAGCGUGACAAAGUACCAAUCAUGGGGCUGUAAUGACUAUGUUCUGGCUGAGGUUGAUACAGAUACCUUGCGUUCAGAUGUCACAAACGAGAGCAGAUCAUACGUGGUGUUGAGUCCCCAAGACUUAAUCCUUGUGAAACCCCGAGACCGGAGAGAUCAUGUUCAUUGGCUGGUUGAGCGGAAGAGAUAUGAAGAGGCGCUGGAAGAGCUCGAGAUCAUCGAGGCCAGUGGCGAUACCGUGGAGGAAGGCGAGGAUGGAUUGACUGCUUCGGAGAUUGGUCAGCGAUAUAUCGAACAUCUCAUCAACGAUGGCGACUUCAUCAAGGCGGCACAAUUAUGUCCAAAGGUUUGCGCGCAUGAUUCCAAACGAUGGGAGCGUUGGAUCUUUACAUUCGCCGAAAAACGACAAUUACAGGCCAUCAUUCCCUUUGUACCUACGGAGAAUCCCCGGCUAGAUCAUCUUGUGUAUGAAAUGAUGUUAGCUCAUUUCCUUGCGCAUGAUCGACAUGCACUGCAGCAAACGAUCAAGGAGUGGCCUAAGGACAUUUAUGAUAUUGCUGCGGUCAUUGUGGCGGUCCGCUCAGAAUUGGAGAAGACCGCGUCAACGUCCAAGACAAUAUCUUCGUCGCCAGACACCACGAUCCUAAUGGAAUGUUUAGCAGAAUUAUAUACUGCUAAUCGACAGCAUGGGAAAGCUCUGACGUACUUCCUACGACUUCGCAGACCGAACGUCCUCGAUGUGAUACGAGAGCAUAACCUCUUCACGGACGUCCAAGAUCAGGUUCUCCUUCUCGUAGAGUUUGAUCAUGAACGAAUCAGGAAAAGGCAGGAAGCCGGGGAGGCUGUCGAUGAAGACAAGAGCGAUGCCAUCUCUUUGUUGGUAGAUAACAUACAUUCUAUCCAUAUUCAAAGAGUUGUACCUCAACUUCAAUCCCAGCCGCGAUACCUGUUUCUUUAUCUCGAUGCUCUGUUCAAUAGGGACCUUCAUCUUGUAUCCAACUUCGCGGAUAUGUUGGUGAAACUGUACGCUGAAUACGCGAGACAGCGACUGGUUGACUUCCUUCGGGCGAGCACCGACUACAACCUUGAGAUCGCGUAUAAUGUUUGCCAAGAUCGAGAAUUGGUUCCAGAGAUGGUGUAUCUCCUCGGUCGUAUGGGAAACAACAAGAAGGCGCUCACACUCAUCAUUGAGAAACUGGGCGAUGUUCGCCAGGCGAUCGAAUUUGCGAAGGAGCAAGCUGACGAUGACCUCUGGGAAGAUCUGCUCAAGUAUUCCGAAAGUCGACCAGCAUUCAUCCGCGGCCUACUAGAGAAUGUUGGACCGGAGAUCAAUCCUAUUCGUUUGAUUAGACGGAUCAAGAACGGGCUAGAGAUCCCUGGGUUGAAAGAAGCGCUCAUCAAAAUCCUUCAAGACUUCCAACUUCAGAUAUCAUUACUGGACGGCUGUCAGACGAUACUGAACGUCGAUAUAUCUGAUCUUUCGCGCAAGUUGUACACUGACCAGACGAGCGGGUUCUUCUUGACUGCGAUAAGGCCAUGCCCUAUCUGUAGUAAGCCUUUACAACAGUCACCUCAAGCCUUGAUAAUGCUCUUCUUGUGCCGGCAUGUCGUUCAUGCAUCCUGUGUUAGUGGCGGCGACCACCUCCCCUCACAGCCAGAUCCUGUGCUACGUGGAGUUGGAAUAGCCGGUCCGUCUGGGAGAGGAAUGAGCGGGAAGAUCGCAUUCGAAUCCAUUGUCCGGGCGCGGAUAGAACAUGGCUGUCCAGUGUGUCAUAACAAGAGCGAAGGCCUGGGAUCUUCAUGA